AUGGUGACGAAUGAUAGAAAUGAGGUGGAGGAUCUUGCAGAUUUUUUGAUAGAAUACAUAUCAAAGAUUCCAUUUGAUUUAAUCGAUCUUGAUUCAAUUUCGUUUGACGCUUUGGAAUUUUUAUUGGCCAAUACUCUAGGAACUAACAAGUUCAAAAACCAGUUUGCCAAAUUCGAGCCAUUCUUAAAUAUUCAAAAAUUGGAAAAGUCAGACAUGGUCAUAUUAAUUCAACCAUUAAAUUUGUUUUCUGAAAAUAGAAUCAGAAAAUAUUAUCAAGAGUUAGCAUUUGAAAAGAAUGACAUGACGGAAACGCGUGGUUUUCCGUAUAUUAGAUGGAAAUCUGAUUUGACAGAAUUUAUUGAAUGCUCUGAAGGUAUUGAUGAUGUUGAUGGAUACGGAGGUGAAUUUUCGAUAAAAAGUGUGUCAGAUUUCAAAACAGUAAAAUGCAUAUCAACAAAUUUAUCAAUGUCAGGGGAUUGUGCAGAAAGUUGCAUAGGAGCAAAUGAGGAUAAGAUGGGAAAUAGCUGGAGUUUGUGCACGGAUGCACGCAUAUAUAAGGAUCGAGUCAAAAGUUAUCAUUUUGCAGAAUCGGACGAAACCAGUUCAAUAUCCAAAAAAUUUUUUUGGAGUAUUUUGUAUGGGAUAACCGAGGGAGUUGAGAUUGUGAUGACUGUUGACAUGACAAAGAGAACUUUAAAGUUUGAAUUCGACGGGUACAAAUGCUAUUUGGAUGGGAGAUGGGGCACCGAACUUCCGACUAAAUUAUAUCCAUUUUUGGCAUUUGAAAAUAAUAAAGAAGGGGAAGAAGAAGAGGAGGAUAAAUGA